GGUAUAGGUAUGGUACGAUUGUGAUGCAAGAUGCGUGCGAGCGUGGGUUUUCGGGUCCACCCUGUAGAGGUGACUGAUGUCGAUAUCGACGGUUGGACUGAGAGCAUGCACGUCUGUGAAUGGAUCUUCAGACGGGAAGGGAAUGGUCGUUCUGCAUGUUCUCGGUGGGGGUGGGGGCGGUGCACGGCGCGAGCUGCGCAGUGGAGGUCUCUGGGAGCGUCUGCUCGCAGAAGGAUUAGAUAUGGACGCAGGAAUGGUGCGCCAGACUGCUUUAGGCAUAUUUGGUGGAUAUCGGGUGUUUAUUAAAGCGUAUUGGUCUAUUGAUGGAUAUGAAAAUCUGGAUCGUGAAGAGGAGUUCGUGUAUGAUGGGAAGCCAGAGAAGGUACCGUGGAUGGAGAGAGCAGGCGCAGCCAUGUCGAAUUACAGAGUAUGAACCUGUCGAAGGUGAUGGUGAUAGGAUAAGAUAGGAGGAGGAGGAGAUGAUGGGAUGGGCUGAGAGGGAAUGUGGGGAAUGUCUAAAGGUUUAUAACGAUAAGAAACAAGGGAUGGCGAAGCGAAAUACUUGAAAGGGAGAGAACCUGGGU